CCCGCCCUCGCGCAGGGCGCUGCGCCGGCGGGGGCGGGCAGGAGGAGGCGGGGCUUGCGGCCGGGCCCGUCCCCUCAGCUCCGGGCCGGCAGUUGAGCUCAGCGUGGCCGGGAUCCGAGUUUAUCUCUCGGCGGUGGGAGCGGGGCGGACGGACAGGUCCUUGUGGUAAAUGUCUCAUGACAGAGGGAUAUCGGUGACCGUUUCUCUUACUUCACAGCAUUUGUAAUGGAGCUGAAGCAAUUAAGCACUCCUCAAAGACCAUAUUCAGACUGAAAGGAACUGACUAUUAAACACAACUAUAGACAUGGAUGAUGAUGACCAUGACAUUAGAGGCCAGUGGACUGCCUCCCCUGCUUAAGAGCCUUCAUACACAGAAUGGAGAGGUGUAGAUAAUGCACCCUGUAAACUGAAAUUAGUUCCACAACUCCAAAGAGUGGUGUCUUGUAACAGACCACAGGAGAAGCAAGCUGUCUAAACUCCGAAGUCUGACUCCCGCUUCACCCACGUGUACACAGUUUCUAAGAGAUUCAUCCUGAAGUAGUAGAAGUAGUAAUAAACAAUUUAUAGCUCUUUGCAAAGUGUUAAUUAGGUGAAAGCAUUCCCAGUGAGAAUCUUGCAGUAUAUUCUCAGCAAGCCUAGCUCAAAUAUGCUUCUGCUAAUUAAUUCAGAAGUUGACAUUACGUAGAAUAUGCGUUCUGCAUUCAUUAAUGUUUGAACUGCACAUUGAAAGUGCAAAUUGCUAUAUAAAUGAUAAAUAUUUUUGUUAUUAGUAGAGCUGACCUGGUAAAGAGGUGAGAUCUGGUUUUGAAGGUGGAGGACUGGGAACUACAAACUUCGAAGUUCUAAUACCACCUCUGACUUGGACUCCUUUGUGGCCUUGAGCAAGUCAGUUUCUGGCUGAGUUUCACCCUAUGUAAAAUAUGAGCUGUCAUAAAUAUAAAGGGAAGGGUAAACACCUUUAAAAUCCCUCCUGGCCAGAGGAAAAACCCUUUCACCUGUAAAGGGUUAAGAAGCUAGGAUAACCUCGCUGGCACCUGACCAAAAUGACCAAUGAGAAGACAAGAUACUUUCAAAAGCUGCAGGGGAGGGAGAAACAAAGCCUCUCUCUCUGUCUGUGUGAUGCUUUUGCCGGGGACAGAACAGGAAUGGAGUCUUAGAACUUACCAUCUGCGAAGGAAGUAAUGUUUGCAAAAGACUCUGAAGCAGAAGACUGCUGGUCACCUUGCUCAUAUAUCAUCUGCCAUUCAACCUACAGUAGGAGAAACCUGUUGGUGGGAGCAUGUCAUCUAGAACCCAUAUUUCCAGUUAAGAUGCUUGUUUCUGUUCCUUUGGUUGGAUAUAAUUUGCUUGAAAUCCAAACUUUCUUCUUCUUUAAAAAAAAUAAUGGAAAAGUGCAUGCAAAGUGUUCCUGUUCUAUAUCAUGUGCUGAAACAGAACCAUUUGGAUAAAGAUUGCUGCUUUUUGAUAACAAGUAAGCUCCAGUAUAACUGGCUGGCAUCCUAACUGCACUAGAAAGAAAACACUAAUGAAAGACUUAGGCCUGGUCUACACUAUGAGUUUAUGUCGGAUUUAGCAGCAUUAAAUCCGAAUUAACCCUGCACCCGUCCACACAACGAAGCCAUUUUUUCGACAUAAAGGGCUCUUAAAACCGAUUCUGUACUCCUCCCCAACGAGGGGAUUAGCCCUGAAAUUGACAUUGCCGUUUCAAAUUCGGGUUAGUAUGGACGCAAUUUGAAGGUAUUGGCUUCCGGGAGCUAUCCUACAGUGUACCAUUGUAACCGCUCUGGACAGCACUCUGAACUCUUAUUCACUGGCCAGGUGUACAUGAAAAACCCCGGGAACUUUUGAAUCUCAUUUCCUGUUUGGCCAGGCGAGCUCAUCAGCACAGGUGACCACACAGUCCCAGAAUUGAAAAAGAGCUCCAGCAUGGAUUGAACGGGAAGUACUGGAUCUGAUCGCUGUAUGGGGAGAGGAAUCUGUGCUAUCAGAACUACGUUCCAAAAGACAAAAUGCUAAAACAUUUCAAAAAAUCUCCGAGGCCAUGAGGGACAGAGGCUACAUCAGGGACGCAACACAGUGCCGCGUGAAACUUAAGGAGCUCAGAGGAGCAUACCAGAAAACCAAAGAAUCAAAUGGACGCUCUGGGACAGAGCCCCAGACAUGCCGCUUCUACGCUGAGCUGCAUGCAAUUCUAGGGGGGGCCGCCACCACUACCCCACCCCUGUCCAUGGACUCCGAUGAUGGGGUACUCUCCGCCAUGCCUGAGGAUUUUGCAGAUGGGGAAGAUGAGGAGGAGGAGGACGAGCUUGGGGAGAGCACACAUCACACCGUUCUCCCUGACAGCCAGGAUCUUUUUAUUACCCUCACUGACAUACCCUCCUAACCCAACCAAGCCGGAGAAGGGACCUCUGGGAGCCUUCAGGAUGGCGGCAGAAGUGGAACUCAGCCAUGUCCAAUCAGCAUCUGAAAUGGCAGAGGGAGAGAAUGACACACACAUUUUUCAACCCACGAUGUUCCUGGAGCCUCAAGAGACGAGCAUUGAUAUGAAGGCACUUCUGGUCAAGAAAGUGACGAAAACUUGCAGCUGCACCCCAACCAAAGUUAAAGACCUGAUUUUCAGUUUUCUCCCUGUCUUGCAGUGGGUCCCCAAAUAUAAACUGAGAGAGUACCUCCUGGGAGAUAUAAUGUCUGGUGUGAUAGUGGGCAUCCUGCUGGUCCCACAGUCCAUUGCCUAUUCCCUGUUGGCUGGCCAGGAACCUAUAUAUGGUCUUUACACAUCCUUUUUUGCCAGCAUUAUUUAUUUCCUAUUUGGUACCUCUCGUCAUAUAUCAGUUGGCAUUUUUGGUGUUCUUUGCCUUAUGGUGGGACAGGUGGUGGAUCGUGAGGUACAGAGAGCUGGGUAUGACGUAGAGCCCAGUGUUCAUAGUGGCCUUCAGAGAGAUAUGGUUAUUUAUGUAAAUACCACCACUUUGGCUGUGAACCAGACAUCACAACCGCUGUUAUGUGAUAGAAGUUGCUAUGCAAUUACUGUGGGAGCCACGGUGACCUUCAUAGCUGGAGUUUAUCAGGUUGCUAUGGGCUUCUUUCAGGUGGGCUUUGUCUCAGUGUACCUCUCUGAUUCCUUACUUGGCGGAUUUGUCACAGGUGCCUCCUUUACUAUCCUAACGUCCCAAGUGAAGUAUCUUCUGGGCCUGGACAUUCCACGCAGCAAUGGCACUGGCUCCCUCAUAACCACUUGGAUAAACAUCUUCAGAAACAUCCACAAGACCAACAUCUGCGACCUCAUCACCAGCUUCUUGUGUCUCCUUGUCCUCGUCCCAACCAAAGAGCUGAAUGAUCACUUUAAAUCCAGGCUCAAGGCCCCCAUACCCAUUGAACUGGUCGUGGUUGUGGCAGCUACGCUGGCAUCCCAUUUUGGGAAGCUGAAGGAGAAUUAUGGCUCCAGUGUUGCUGGACACAUUCCAACUGGGUUCCUGCCACCCCAGCCACCCAAAUGGGAUCUGAUUUCUAGUGUGGCGAUGGAUGCUGUUGCCAUAGCCAUUAUUGGCUUUGCUAUCACUGUGUCCCUCUCAGAAAUGUUCGCCAAGAAGCAUGGUUACACAGUUAAGGCCAAUCAGGAAAUGUACGCCAUUGGCUUUUGCAACAUUAUUCCCUCUUUCUUCCACUGCUUCACAACUAGUGCAGCUCUUGCCAAGACUCUUGUCAAAGAGUCAACGGGCUGCAGAACUCAGAUCUCCGGGGUGGUGACCGCAUUGGUCAUCCUAUUAGUUCUGCUUUUGAUUGCACCUCUCUUCUACUCCCUUCAGAAAUGUGUCCUAGGGGUCAUAACCAUUGUGAACCUCAGAGGAGCCCUGCAGAAGUUCAGGGAUCUGCCCAAAAUGUGGCAUCUGAGCAAAGUGGACACAGUGAUCUGGUUAGUCACGAUGGUCGCUUCGGCACUGCUAAGUACUGAAAUUGGCCUGCUGAUUGGUGUCUGCUUCUCAAUGCUGUGCGUCAUUGUGAGGACUCAGAGACCAGAGGCACCAUUGCUUGGCUGGGUGGUAGAGACUGAAAUGUAUGAAUCCCUGUCUGCCUACAAAAACCUGAAGACUAAGCCAGGCAUUGUGGUUUUCCGUUUCGAAGCACCUCUCUACUAUAUCAACAAAGAAUGCUUUAAAUCCAUGCUGUAUAAGCAGACUGGAGUCAACCCAGCCGGGGUGCAGGCAGCCAAGAAAAGGGCAGCAAAGCGAAUGCUUAAAGAGAAAAUGGUGAAUUCUGGUGGCAGCCAGGUGGAUGUUGCAGUGCAGCUUGUCACUGAGCCAUUGGUGUUUCACACCCUAGUGAUUGACUGCUGCACAAUACAGUUCUUGGACACAGCUGGGAUCCACACGCUUAAAGAGAUCUGCAAAGAUUAUGGGGAGAUAGGCAUCCAAGUGCUGCUGGCCCAGUGCAAUGCCUCUGUGAGGAGUUCCCUGCACCGGGGAGAAUACUUUAAAAAAGAGGAACAGAACCUCCUCUUCCACAGUGUGCACCAGGCUGUGGACUUUGCAUUGGCUGCACAUAAGCAAAAUGGGUGCUGGAAAGUUAACAACUAUGUGUAGGAUCAGAGGGGGAAAUUGUGGAUGUAUAUGUAAUGUGCGUGCUCUCACACAGGUAAAAUGCACCAAAGUACAGGGAUAUUGUUCAAAAACUGUAGUGUAGAGCACAUAGUGUGCUUUAAUCUUGUCCAACUGGAUAGGGUGAUUAGGUAAGUAGUGCUGAAUAUAGGCAUCCUCAAUGUGAUCAUGAUUAACUUGGUAAACCAAUGUUUUUCAUGAUCCUCCUGUGUAUUCCCUGUUCGGCUCUCCAUAUCCUAGUAAUAACCCAACAUUUAGAUCUGCACCCCUGAUGCCCUUAUUACUGCCACCAUCUUUCUGGAUUGAACUUCCUUUGACAGCUGUCAGUACUUCCCCUUAGUGAAUAGUUUGAGGCAACUACGCUUUUCCUCCCCAGUUCCCGGACUGGGCAUGCUGCCUUCAUAUCACUUAGUCCUUGUGCUGGCCAAGGAAUGAGUGAGCGGGAACAGAUACCCAGCUCUGUUGGGUUGUUCUCUGACAUGACAAUGGAGAGAGUUUUCUGCUGGAUGAGGACCUGGGCCUGACUUUCACAAAGAGUUACAAUUUCACUCUGAGAAAAGGGAAGUGACAAUUAGAUUCCUUGAUGUAUGUGACUUGUGCAUGUUACAUAUGCAGCAGGUCAGGUACUGAAAGAACUUCAGGAAUCGGAGUGAUUUGAAAUCAAGGCAACAAGUCUCAGAGCCCAGGUCUGCAGAUUUGGGCUCACACUAUGGUGCUAAAACCAGCAGUAUAGAUGUUCGAGUUCGGGCUGGAGCUCAGGCUCUGGAACCCCCUUGCCUCGGAUUUCAGAGCCCAAGCUCCAGCCUGAGCGGGAACGUCUACAUAGCUAUUUUUAGCGUUUUAGCACAAGCCCAAAUCUAUAGACUCAGGCUCUGAGACGUGCUGCCUUGAUUUGUUUGAGUUCAGGCUGAGUGCAUGACCCUGAGGGUGUGAGUUUUCAUCCCUAAUGGGAAAGCAUUACAGUUUAUCUCACUGUCACAUUCUAUUGCUGUUAUCAGAGGGAUCUGCAGAGCAGGUACUCUGUAAGUUCAGGUUUCAGAGUAGCAGCCCUGUUAGUCUGUAUUCGCAAAAAGAAAAGGAGGACUUGUGGCACCUUAGAGACUAACCAAUUUAUUUGAGCAUGAGCUUUCGUGAG